CAGAGAAAUCAGUUCAGUACGUGGAGAGUGGUCGGUGCGUCGUGUCGGAGACAGCGGCCGGCUGCCGUCGAGCGUGCAUGACGCUGCACACAACCGCCAAAACUGUCCGCAGAGCAUCAAAAUUUUGCAGUAACAGGCACCGGAAGCUGUUGCCGCUCCGGCAGACGUGACUGGCGCCGCGGGGCCGCCGCCCGCAUGCCGCCCGCGCCGACGGGACCGUGAGCCCUCUGCCGCUAUUGCUGAUCCAGUGUCAAAAAUCACUUUAUAACUAGAGAUAAAAGAUAGGAUUUCCAAAAAAAAAAUACUAAAUAAAUAAAAAAAUACUAAAUCAAUCUACGUCAUCGUAAUCGGAUACAAUUAGUUAGGUACUAUUUAAACGUUAGUGUGAGAGGUGACAGACAGACAAACAAACAGUCACCAUGGGGUCGGUGAACGUGAAUCGGAACGUCGCGGACGCGUUCUACCGCUACAAGAUGCCGAGGAUCUGCGCCAAAGUGGAGGGGAAAGGCAACGGCAUCAAGACUGUCAUUGUGAACAUGCCUGAAGUAGCCAAGGCAUUGGGACGACCGGCGACAUACCCGACGAAGUACUUUGGUUGCGAGUUGGGUGCGCAGACGCAGUUCGACUUCAAGAACGAGCGGUUCAUCGUCAACGGCAGCCACGACUCUGCCAAGCUGCAGGACUUACUCGACGGGUUCAUCCGAAAAUUCGUCCUAUGCCCUGAAUGCGACAAUCCCGAGACUGACCUCAUAGUGUCCACGAAGCGGAACACCAUAUCGCAGGGCUGCAAGGCGUGCGGCUACCACGGACAGCUGGAGUUUAACCAUAAACUCAACACUUUCAUAUUGAAGAACCCGCCGGCCAAUGACCCCGCUGUACAGGGCUCAUCGCUGACGGAGGGCAAUCGGGGCAAGCGGUCCAAGCGCUCCGGGCCUGGAGCUAACGGGAACCAUGACUCGCAUGACGGCACUGACGCUAAGAAUGCGGAGGGCGAAACUCCCGCGCCCGCCGCUCCCAAGCCGCGCAAAGACCGCGAGCGCAAAACGGACGACGACGACGAUGGAACCUGGACUGUGGACGUCUCCGAGGCUGCCGUGCGGGCUAGGAUGCAAGAUCUAACGGAGGGCGCGAAGAGCAUGACUUUAUCGGAGGACAGCGAGAAGAAUGAGAAGCAACGCAUGGACCUGUUCUACAGCUUUCUGAAGCAGCGAGCUGACGCUGGACACGUGGAGAACACCAGGGCCAUCGCCGACGUGUUGCACGAGGCUGACAGGUUGGAGGUGAAAUCGAAAGCGCCCCUGGUGAUGUUCGAAGUGCUCGUGCGACCGAGUCACAUCGCGGCCGACGUGCGCAAACACCGCGCGCUACUGGUGCGGUUCACGCGCGGCGACUCCAGGGCGCAGCGGGCCGCGCUCAACGGGCUGCUGGCCAUGUGCGAGCAUCACAACACGCUGCUGCCCAAGGUGCCGGCUGUGCUCAAGGUAAUAUAAUGAUCAUCAUCAUCAUCAAGGCACAGGCCUUCCCUAUGGAUCCAGUGCGGAUUAGAGUGUGCGAGUGUGAGUUAAUGUCCCCACUGCUGGGGCGAAGCCCUUCCCUAUGGAUGGAAUAUGGAUAUCGGGCCAUGACCCACCACGCGGGCGCAGUGCGGAUUGGCGGGUGCUAACGACUGCAGAUGCAGCCGGGACCAACGGCUUAACGUGCCUUCCGA